UUCCUCUCCCACCCGCCUCCUCAUUGGGACAUGGCUGCCCCCGUGAGCUGCCUGCGGUCAGUCCUCAGCCGCUGUCACAUUCUGAAGCAGACUGGGUACAGUCUUCCAUGCCUCAUUUCUACAAGCAGAAGUUGGGACUCAGUUCGGUUCUAUGCAGCAAAGGUAGCUCCCAAAUCUGCAAAAAAUGUUAAAGAACCUCAAGGCAAAACUGAAAAGGAACUCAAAGAAGAACUUGAACAGAAGAGGAAAGAUACCAGUCGGCUUAAGCCUUAUGGCCUAACAGCCUGGGAGCCGACCGACGAUGUGUAUAUCGCCCGAUACUAUCCCAAGCCAACGCUUGAGGUUGAAACUGCUAUUGAAAUGCUAAAAAAGUUUCAACAGUUGGACUUUACCUAUCCGAAUCAGCCAGUCUAUGCAGAGCUGAAACUGGACAUGAAGCUGGAGAAGAAGAAAAAGGUAGAUCCAUUUGUUGGCUAUGUUAACUACCCUUACCCCUUUUUGACUGAAGAAAACAAGAUUUUGGUCCUUACAGAGAGUCCUGAAUCUGCUGAGAUUGCAAAGAAUAAUGGAGCUGCAUUUGUUGGUGGAAGUGAACUUAUACCUCAGAUUUUAAAUGAUGAGAUACAAGCUGAUUUCUAUGUAGCAACACCUGACAUUAUUGGCAAGUUAAAUCCUUUAAAGAACAAACUAAGAAAGAAAUUUCCAAAGAGCAAAAGAGGCUCAGUUGGCCGUGAUAUUUCCAGCAUGAUUCAGCUGUUUAAAACAUGCCAUGAGUAUCUAGUAGAAAAAGAAUGUUUAAUACAGACCAAAAUAGCAACGCUGGGUAUGCCUACUGAACAAAUAGUUGCCAACCUGGAUGCCCUUAUAAAGGAUACUUGUACUCGCAGGCCACUGAGUUUUGGUCCCUUUGUGGAGAGAGCUAUUAUAUCCAGUGCCACUAGCGAAGCCCUGUUCAUCAAAUUCCAGAGAUUCCUCCCACAAGAACCAGAGACUGCAUCAGAUAGCUGAAGAACAGCCACCAAUUUCUGAAGACGUUUGGAAAUGUAUUGCUUUUUGAAUCUUUUACAAUAAAAGACUUUACUCUGUA